AUGACCGCUGGUGAGGCCAACAGCAACAGUGCAAAAACCAAUCGAGACACAAUGGUGAAGAGCGCAAAAGUGUCUACUACCAAUACUAGUGUAUCCACAUCUGCUACCGGUAUUCCACCAUUAACCACUGACAUAUCCAGCAAACGGACAGUGCUUGGGUCUUUGGUUAAAGUUGUAGCUGUAAUCUCGUUGCUCGGGGCUGUCGCCGCACAACGAUAUCUCAGCCAGGGUCCAUACACGCCAUGGACCUGUUCUGUAUUUGGGUACAAAUGUGAGCGACGGUACGAUGUACCUUUUCACGGUUAUGUGCAUGAUGAUUACAGCUCGGCAGAGCAGGCGUUCAAGGACAAUUUCUUUGCAGGCGAAGACGUCGGUGCUGCUGUAGCUGCUUAUGUCAAAGGCGAGCUGGUCAUGGAUAUGCAAGGGGGCUGGCAGAAUGUUAAAGAGAGGACACCCUACUCGAACGAAUCUUUACAGUUGGUGUUUUCCAGCACUAAAGUUUUUACUUCCAUUGUUGUGGCUCAAUUCGUUGGAAAAGGUGUAAUAUCAUAUGACGAAAAGAUUGCAACAUACUGGCCUGAGUUCGCUCAAGGCAACAAGGAAAACGUAACACUGGGUGAUUUGAUGGUCCAUGCUGGUGGCGUGGGAUUCAUCGAUGUUCCAAUAACCUCUGCUGAAGCUGAAGAUCCCGAGCGUUUCUCACGCAUUUUGGCCGCGCAGCCACAUAAUUUUGGUGGUGUUCGAACACGCAGCUAUCAUGCGUCUACGUAUGGUUGGUAUGUCAACGAGAUCUUAAAGCGUACCGCGAAUUGCACAGUGGAUGAUGUAGCUGCUGAAUUCAACAAAGAUUAUGAUAUUGAGUGGUACCUCAAGCCAUACCAGCUUAAAUUUGACAAUCGUAUCUCCCCUUUUUAUACGUCUACACCGCUUUACCGAUUCUCACGCUUAAUCAAGUUUGUGGGUGGCCCUGUCAAAUUUUUACGAUUACUUUUCGAAAAGAACGACGCCAAAGCCAAGACAUUCAAGCUUCCACUCGAGGGUACCCCAGCAUUGCUUGAAUACAAUCUACAACUGCGCCGUAUUGAAGCGCCGGCAUAUUCUGGAUUUACAAAUGCUCGCUCAAUUGCCAAACUCGCGGCAAUGAUGGCUAACGAUGGUAAAGCGAUUAUGGAUGGCGAACCAGACUUGUUAACUCGCGAGGGCUAUGCUGUAGCUACUAAACCCGCUCCGGUGGCGUUCGAUAUGAUUAUCCAGCGCUCUAUGCCACAAGAGCGAGGCGGCUGGGGCAAAUUCGAUGAUUUUGUUAUUGGUGGUGUGGAGUUUACUGGUUGGGCAGGCAUGGGAGGCUCUGUGUUUAUGUGGAACAGUGAGCAUAAAAUUGGAUUUGGCUAUUGUAUGAACGGUAUUCCAGAUCCCAGCUCCCCAGAUGACCGCAGCAUUUCUAUAUUACGUGCCCUCGUAAAACAGGUCUUGAAAAAGAAAUAA